GGCAGUAAAGCAGAGGUUCUCUUUGGUGACAUGCUGGUUGUCAGGUGUUCACUGAAUGUCGUGACAUGUACUGCUUUUGUGAAAGUCUUUUGUGCAUUCGGACAAGUUCAUCACGCAAGGAACAUGAUGCAGCACAUGGCCAGUAUUGGAAUUGUUGCCAAUGUGGUGACAUACACACUGAGUUCGGUCUCUGUGAGUAAGGGAGAACGGGCAAACCAGUUGGGCUCGAUGGAAUGUGUAAAGAAGGAAGGCUUGAUCUUUGUGGCUGAAUGGAGAAGGAAAAAUUGUGUUAACAGAAUAUCUGCCUAUAAUGUUUAAAUAAGUGGAUUUGGCAAAUCGGGGAACUUGGAGCAAGCUCUCAAGUACUUCUAUGACAUGGGAGAAAAGGGCUUGUUACCUGAUGUACUUACACUAUUUUAAUGGAUGGUAAUUGUAAGUUAGAUCAGAUUGAAACUGCCAAGAAAUUGCUGGAUGAUAUGGAAAAGGUUUAAACCGAACACAGUUAGCUACACCAUAUUAAUUGCUGGUUUAGCAAGGUUAGGAAAUACUGACAAAGCUGCUAGUUUAGCAGAAGAGAUGCCUAAGAAAGGAAUUGAGCUUGACCACUCUAUAAUUUCACUAGGAAUAGAAAGAAAAGUUCAAAUUUUCUGGAGUGCCUAAGUUGUUCUCUGGAGCUGCGGCUGAAUGUUUUAUCUUUAAGGAUGGCUGUGGUAAAGAUGGAUAGGGAUUGGCAAUGAGCUAGGAAAAUCUGCUGGUGAUUCGCCUUCUACGGGCUUACUGACUAACCCACGGUUUGUUUUCCUAUGGAGGCGGAAGUGCUGCAAGACAAUCAUUAUACAGAAAAAGGGCAAACCAUCAGUCUAUCACUAAGAAGGAUUCCAGAUAUACAUGGAGUUCCUAGGCUUGCUAGCUCUUGGCGUUGCCGCAAUGCUGGGAGUUGUCGCUGGCGAUGACUCAACCUGGAGCAGUGGCCGUGCCACAUUCUAUGGCGGUAACGAUGCCUCAGGAACGAUGGGAGGUGCGUGCGGGUACGGCAACAUGUUCAGCGCAGGGUAUGGAACGAACACGGCGGCGCUGAGCACGGCGCUAUUCAACAACGGGCAGAGCUGCGGCGCAUGCUUUGAGGUCCGGUGUGCCGGCGGGGCCAGCUGCUCGUCGGGCUCCGUGGUGGUGACGGCAACCAACGUCUGCCCGCCCAACUAUGCGCUCCCCAACAACGAUGGUGGGUGGUGCAAUCCUCCGCAGUCGCACUUCGACCUCACUGUGGCCGCGUUCACUCAGAUCGCCCAGUACCGUGCUGGGGUCGUGCCCGUCCAGUUCAGAAGGGUGGCGUGUAUCAAGUCGGGCGGCAUCCGGUUCACGGUCACCGGCCACUCCUACUUCAACCUGGUGCUCAUCUCGAACGUGGCCGGCGCCGGCGACCUGAAGUCGGUGUACGUGAAGUCUCCAGGGACAGGGUGGCUGGCCAUGAGCCACAACUGGGGUGCUAACUGGCAGAACGGCGCCAAACUCGAUUCCCAGCCACUGUCCUUCCAGGUCACCUCCAGUGACGGCCGUACCAUUCAGUGUCCCAACGUGGCGCCAGCCGGAUGGGGUUUCGGCCAGACCUUCUCCGGUGGCCAGUUCUAGCCGGCCGGCCACCGUUGCAGAUUUCCUUUUACAUCUCCGUGUAUCGUUGUCGGCGGAGGAUGGCUCUGUUUUAAGCGGCCUCCUCUGAGUGGCAAAACAUGCGUCGUUGGGGUGUGUUUACGUACUUCGGGGUUACCCUUUUUUGUGCCCGCAAGGCGUGCUCACACUCGCUGGUCGGCCGUUUUUACCUUAGUAGUCGUAUUGUGCAGAGAUCCUUAGGUUUGGGCUCACAAAAUUAAGCAAUGGCUGGCUGUGGUGACGAGCAUAAUGGCUGGUCACCCGCCGAUGGGUUCAAACCAAUGGCACUGUAUCUCUGCAUGCUAAAACUAAUGGAACAUGUUUAAGAGUAUUCAGUUUUACUUGUCA